GUGUUUGCGGAAGUGAACGUCCUGUCUUGUUUUGGUCGCCCUCUUUUCUGUAAAAAUAAAUCAAAACUACAACAGAUGAUGACCCAGAUGCCCAGUCCUCCACCUGAAGAGUUGGUCAAACAAUGGGAAAGUGAGCAGAAGCGACUCAGGCAGCAGGUGGUGGAGGAAGACACUGAGGACUGGCAGAGGAGUCCAGACUUCUCCGGCCUGGAGCGGGUCGGUGGCAUGGACCUCUCCUUUAUCAAAGGGGAUGAAGUCAACGCCUGCGCCCAGCUCGUGGUGCUCAGUUACCCUGAUUUGAAGAUUCUGUAUGAAGACAGUCACAUGGUGACCCUGACGGCCCCCUAUGUCUCUGGCUUCCUGGCCUUCAGGGAAACCCCUUUCCUCCUGGAGGCGCUGCAGCGACUGAAGAUCAGCCAGCCAACACUUAUGCCUCAGGUGGUGUUUGUGGAUGGGAAUGGUCUUUUCCACUACAGAGAGUUCGGCUUGGCGUGUCAUCUUGGGGUGCUGUCAGGUCUUCCCUGUGUGGGCGUGGCUAAGAACCUGCUGCAGGUGCAGGGGGUGCUUAAAGACGAGGAGCACCAAUCACAAAUUGCUGCUCUGCAAAAAGGAGGAGACAGCUUCCCACUCACCGCCGCCUCUGGCAAAGUGCUCGGAAAGGCCCUGAAAAGCUGCGAUAAGAGCUUCAAGCCUGUGUACGUCUCUGUGGGUCACAAAAUCAGCCUGGGCACCGCUGUCCGCCUGACACACUCAUGCUGCCGCCACCGGGUACCUGAACCCAUCAGACAGGCUGACAUUCGCUCCAGAGAGUACCUACGGAUACACUUCCCAGCUACCGAUACAUGAAUUAGACACUGAGAGGCAGGACAGAAACUUGGAAGAGCAUCAGGACAGAAGAUCCCAACAAUAGAGAAGAACAAGAUGCUUCAAGAUGGAGUGAAGUAGAAACAAUAGAAUGACAGAAAAUAGAAAAAAAGUCAUAUGAAAAAGAGGGUGUCUUUUGUAUUCUGGAUUUCACUUCUGUCUGUAUUGACUAAGAAGUCAAAUGGCUAUGUAAUUAUACUUUAUGUACAGUUGCAGAAAAAUGUAGAGAAAUGUAGAGAAAGAGAGUAUGUAACAAAACAAAGUGACAGGCUAAUGAUAAAAUGAAAAUGACAGCAAAGAAAAGCAAAUUCAGCCAUUUUUGGUUACUAGAUACAGUAUCUGUCAAUUAAAUGAAGGAUGGCCUAUUAAGUUAUUAAGUACUGCUAAGUGAUGUGGUGAUGAAAAGCCAUCUCACAAGUGGUUUAGAUGUCUAAACCACUUGUGGAUGUCUUUUGCCCGGACGCAUGUCUACAUGUUAGGGGGAUACUAGAAGAAAGAAGUUAGAGGGGUAAACAGCCAUAAUGCUGAUCUGUAGCUCAGCACAUCCACAAGCCAUUCACUUUCAAUUAUGGAGACUGGUUCAAUCAGCUUCAUGCUGUUAUACAAACUCUACUGCCCUUUACGAAACAUUUCUGAAAUGUCAUGGAAAAUGUUGGAGAGGCGCUCAGCACAAGGUUGGGGUUGAUGAGCUCUGCUGGGAACCAGCCUUAUUAAAAACUUAUGGUGGCACAAGGACAUGGCUGGUUGCUGGUUAACACUCAGACAAGGCAGUCUGAGUGUUAACCAGAGAACAAAGUGGCAGAAAGUCGAUCUGUCACAGACUCACCUGUUACACCAAUCACAGUCCAUCUGAGGUUCUCCUUCCAUCUCUUCCUGCCUCAGUUUAAGUUCCAUAGAUACAUUACAUAUUUACAAAGUAACUGUCUGACAUUGAAUCCAUUAAAACUAUUUUCAGUUUUAGAUCAGUAAGCAUUCCUGAGUGAUGAAGGUGAAGAAAGCUGAACUUAUUUUCUUUCUUAAAAAUGUUUCAUUUUUCAACCAAACAGCUUUUUGAAAUGGUUGAGAAUAAACCGGGUAAUAAAUUUCAAUCUCACACUCAUACAACCACUAAGAUUAUUAUUGGGGCAGGUCUUACACCAUUCCUCACAAGUGGUUUACAAAAAAUGUUUUGCCUAAAAUGCUUUACAAAUUCAAUUGUUUUACAAAUAAUUUUAUGGGUUAAGAUGAAAUUUGAUCUUUAAUAAACCUGGAGUUACAGCUUCUCUUGUGUGAUGUCAGUCUGUUUUAUUUGCUUCAGUGAACCCCCAAACUAAUCCUAUGGUGUAGAAAAAAGACACAAAAUAAUUUUACUAUAUGUAUUUUACUAGAAAAAAGUUUAUGCUUUUUUUGCAUUAUUUAAGCUUGUUUAGCUGUUUGAGUUGAUAUGUUUUACUCCCUCUUCUUUGGCUGUUCAUAAAACAAAGAAAUGCUUCAUUUUCAGUUUUACUGCAAAAUCAAAGCUGGAGUCAGAACAGUACAAUUUUUCUUUGUUUAAGAAUCCCUGCAGGCAUUUCCUCCAUCCUUCUGUUUCUUCUUCUUAUUAGACCUCAUUUCAACAUAACUACUUAUUUCACUCUCUUUUGCUCGCCAGUGUGGCUGUAUUGGGAUUUAUUACCUCUUUGUAUAUAUUUAUCUCUCAGUUCUGCUUAGCUCCUCCUUCAUCUGGCACUCAGAUGAAAUCAUGUUGAUUGUUUUGUUGAGAUAUUAACAGAUGGAGUCGCCAUCCAUCCAUCCACUUUGGUAUUUUUUGCUACCAAGCUUAUGCCUUGACUUGGAGCUGCCUUGAAGUGUUAAUAUCUAGUGUGUUCCUCUUUAAAGGAGACAGAUACAAACAUGGAGCCAGGCAACAACAUGCACAGUGGCUGCAAUCGUAUUCACAGAAUUGGUUUUACAAAUAAUAAUCUGAAGAGAAUCGUGCACAUUUGCAUCAAGCCUCUGUGAGUUAAUAAUUUGUAAACGUACCUUUCACUACAUCAACAGCUGUAAGUCAUGUUUUCUUUUCUACCAGACAUUUCUCUGCUGUUUUUUUUCACCUAUUUUUUAACAUUUCUCGUAGUCCUUUUUUUUGCACUAAUUUGCAUUUGUGCAGUUUUUAAAUUAUACUAUUCAGUUGCCCAUUUCUUUUAAAUAGAGUAUGCUAUUGUUAAUACUGUAAAGUAUUAUUAUGCUUAUUUGAUAAAUUUUAACAGCUGCAUUUAAACUGAGCUUAAAGGACCAGGUGUGUUGAAUUUACUUAUUUGAUCACCGUACCUUUCAGGAUUGCCUUUGUAAUGUAUGAUUUUUCUUGCACUUCAUAAUCGCACACUAUUUUUGUGUAGAUCUGUAGCAUAACAGCUGAAUAAAAUACAUUGAUAUUUGUGGUUGUCAUGCGACAAAGAGGGAAAAUAUUAAAGACCAUAAAUACGUUUGGAAGACUC